AUGAGUCUCGCCACCUCAGCGGCCGCUCUGUCGACGCAAAAUAGUCCUCUUCCUUCGCGAGGUGUGUCCUCUGCCCUCUUUCUCUCGGCUGGUCCCAUGCCGCCACCACAACCGCCACAGUCUCUUCGGUUGUCCGGGUGCCUCGAGCCAAGCGUGAGGACGCCAGGAGACGACGCUUUGCCCCUGGCACCCAAACGCAGAAAUCCUCCGUCAGCCUCGGCUUCCGAUCUGGACUCCACUCCCACCUCCGCCAGCUCGGAUCGGGCCAGUAAUGAGACCAGUGCCGGUGUCGCUUUUAACUAUGGCGACGACAGUCUUAAUGGGACAUGCAUUGAUGAUAGGAGUGACGUCAACUUUCUCGACAGCUCGACUACCGCCGCCUUGAAGAUGAAAGGCCUGAUGACCUCAUCGACAGGCGCUACGAUGGAGCAGCUCACUGGAUUUGCUACUGAUGCCCACUGGCCCGCUCGCUUGAUCAUUGCAUACUCCUUUUCGUAGGCAGAUGCUACCCCUCGCCCGCCAUUUCGACGCGAAUACUCGGCCUUAUGUGUGGCUUACAGGUUUAAGCUUGCCAAUUACUCCGGCAGGCUCAGAUCAGAGCGUGAAGGGCCAAGUUCCGAGAAACUGAGGUCCGGGCUUCGUACCAUCAGCACAGGUGUUCCCCGAAACCUCGGCUUUAUGACCAACUAG